GGGCGGAAGUGUUUUUGGUGUUGAGCUGCUGGCAGGAAGGUGUGUUGACUGUGGUCCUCUGGAGCAGCAGCAGCAUCAGCAGCAGCAUCAUCAGCAGCAUCAGCAUCAGCAUCAGCACCAGCGUGCACUAAUGUGAUGAGAGGGUGCACGGAGGGAGUGAACAGCUGGAUGUUGGGAUUAAACAGAGACACCUGAUCCGUUUCACAGCGGGUUUUACAUUGUAGUGCUGCAGAUAUUAUACCGUCUGCCCGGUCCUCCUCCUCCGUUGUUCGUUCGACGCUCCAGCUGAUGUCGCGCUGCAUCUCGUAGCUUCUGUUUCUUCUUCUUGUGUUCGGAGGAUGCGACGCGGCCCGCGGUGCUCUGAGCUCUGUGGAAACAUCCAUCAGCUCCUGUUCUGCUCUCAGAUGGCUGAUCGGCUUCAACACCGACAACACAUCUGAAUGAUCGGGAUCAUAUAAGUCAAAGAAGGCGUCGAGCAGGAAUCACCGUCUGACUCUCCUCCUUUUUCAGCGAGCCCUGUCUGUUGGUGUGAUGGCUGUGUUUUUGGUGCGUCCUCUCUCCUUGCUCCUCCUGUCCCUCCACGCUUGUAGUCGAGCAUCUCCUUCCUGCCCUGUGAACUGUCGCUGCUACAGCCUAACUGUGGAGUGUGGUUCCACCAGCCUGAGGGACAUCCCCAAAAACGUUCCUCCAUCCACACAGACCAUCUUCCUCCAGGACAAUGUGAUUGGUCAGAUCCGUCGACAGGACCUCACUCGGCUGAGGCACCUGCAUUACUUAUACCUGCAGAACAACACCAUCUCAGCAGUGGAGCCCGGCUCGUUCCAGAACCAGGGUCAGUUGUUGGAGCUGGCUCUGAACGGUAACCGUGUCCACCUGGUGACGGCUGACAUGUUUCAGGGACUCGAACAUCUCCGCAUUCUUUACCUGGCAGGAAAUGACAUCACACGCCUGCUGGACUACACCUUCAGUGGUUUACAGCGUCUGCAGGAGCUCCAUUUGCAGCACAACAGUAUAGAGUUGUUAGCAGACCAGGCUCUAGUUGGUUUGACUUCUCUGGCUCUGCUGGACCUGAGCAGAAACAACCUCCACACCAUCGGCCCUGCGUCAUUGCGACCUCUGGUCAGCCUACAGGUGCUGCGAAUCACAGACAACCCGUGGCGCUGUGACUGCGCUCUCCACUGGCUGAGGAGCUGGAUCGACGAGGCGGGCCAGCGGCUGCUCAGCUCCGCAGAACGCCGACUGGUGUGCACCGAGCCGCCGCGCCUCUCCCACCUCAGCCUGGUGGAGGUCCCCCUCAAUAGCUUGGUGUGUAUCCCUCCGCUGGUGCAGCUGGAACCCAGGAGGCUAGCCGUGCGGCUGGGAGAGAGCCUCAGGGUGUCCUGCCACGCCUCCGGUUACCCUCGGCCACAGGUGACCUGGAGGAAGGCGUCCCAGGGCAAAGUGGUGCUUUCUCCCCGAGGCCUGGUUCAGGAGCUGGGUGCUGGAGGAGUGGGUGGAACGGGUGGAGUAGAGGAACCCUCGGAGGAAGGCCGAGUCAGUCUGCAGAAGACCGACGGCGAGCGCUUUGACCCCGACACCGGCAGCGGCAUGCUGUUUCUAAGCAACGUGACCGUGGCUCACGCGGGUUUCUACGAAUGCGAAGCCUGGAACGCGGGGGGCGUGGCCAGGGUGACCUUUCAGCUCGCCAUCAACUCGUCCACUUCGUCUUCCUCCGCCAUCUGGGCCUCGUGGUCCCAGGUGUCCUCGCCCUACUCGCCUUCCUGGCCCAGGCUGAGGACCCACGGUCACGCCGUGGGUUCGGACGUGAGCCGGGAGCCCUUGUACGCUCUGGGCAGCAUGGCCUUCAGUGCUCUGGGAGCCGCCACUCAGACCGCCAUCGCCGUGGGCAUCUCCCUGCUGGCUCUGACCGCCCUGCUGCUGGUCGCCAUGAUCUACAGCCGACAUCACCAUCGAGAGAAGGAAACCGACGGAGCUGAGAAGGAGGAGAGCAUCCUGUACGUGAACGACUACUCCGACGGCCCCACCACCUUCGCCCAGCUGGAGGAGUACCGCGACGAGCGCGGCCACGAGAUGUACGUCCUCAACAGGGCCAAGCCCGUGCUGCCUCCCGCCCCACCCACGGCCGUCUCCACCACCAACCUGGGUUGCCCCGCUCCGUCCGACACCACCUCCAGCCACACCCUCUCCUCCUCGGGGCCGGGCCAGCCCAUGAGUCCCACUCUGGCCCCCAACAAAAAGCUGCAGCAGCAGCAGCUGCAAGAGGGCGAUAUACGGACCAUGAGGAGAAUGGCGGGCGAGGGAGGGGAAGCCAAACCCGUGAUUACGUCAGAGGCAGAAGGGAUGUUUCUUAACCACACAGGCCUAUUCAUGGACUCUCAGAUCGCCUAUGAGAUCCACUGCUGAAGGGGUGUGGGGGUGUGGGGGGGGGGAGAGAAUCCACUGCAACACAGAGGGUUUGUGUGUGAAACAGUGGUUUACUGCGAAGCCUGUCACAUCUUAUCUGAAGAAAGUCAGGGUCACUGCUGGAAUCUACCAGAAGUACCCCUCCCUGUUGACUCAUCCACAUCGAUGGACUCUUAUUGGACAAGGUUUACAUACCUGGAUCACAAUCAGGUUUAUUAAAUCGAUAGCACCUGAGACCUUUCAACAGACAUGACCCUGCACGCCAAAAACAACAGUAGUGAGUAGGCCGGUGGGUUAGAUACCUGAUGCUCAAAGACAACUUUAACUAGACUCAGGUAUAAACUGAGCUGCACACAACUGACCCGUCCUGUACAUGAACAUCUGGGUCAGCAUUUAUCAGAGCUACUUUUAUAGAAACCUUUCACCAUCAAUGCUGUGCAAGAGUUAUAACAUCCAUCCUCUCGAAGAACUCUGAAGGGUCAAGUAUUGCAGGGUGAGUAUAAAAAAAAGGGGGAAAAAUCAUGGACUCUUCCGUUUGAUGAACAUGAAGGAAACAAAGUGUGUUUUAUAACUGUUGUUAAAGUCCGGACAUGUUUUACAGAGAAAGAAUCUUAAAAGGACAAUUCUGGUAUUUUCAAGUCUUAAUCUCCCCAUCAUGAACAUGUGUGUUUGUGUGUGCGUGUGUGUGUGUGUGUGUGUGCGUGUGUGGUG